AUGUCUCCCCCUGGUAUGCUCUGCGUUACUAUGCAGCCGAAGCCCGAGCUGCCUGCUGCACAGUUCCACGAAUGGUACAAUAACGAGCACGGUCCGACUCGCCUCCGUCUACCACAGAUCUUCACCAACGGUCUGAGAUAUCGAGCAAAUGACGGCAAGGAGCCGACCUACCUCGCAGCGUACGAUGUGACUGCUAUGUCGCAUUUGGAGACCGAGACUUACACGACCUUGCGAGCGAACCGAUCCCCACGCGAGGCUGAAACAAUUGGCCAAGUCCAAGUCACCAGGUACUUCUGGGACUUGGUCGCGGAGAAGCAAUCGCCUCUCUUCUUGCCCAUCGAGAAGUUGACCAACGACGAGGCUGAGGGAACCGUGCUGGUGGUGGUACAGCUUGAACUGAAAGAGGGGGCCGACGCCGAGGCAGAAGUCGUCAAGUGGUACAAGGAGGAGCACUUGGACAUGCUGUCCAAGGUUCCUGGCUGGCUGCGCUCACGCCUCUUCAAGACUUCCAGCCUUGAGACCGGAGGUCCUACGUACAUCUGGGGCUUGCAUGAUUAUGCCAAGGAGAAUGGCCUGGGAGGCGAGGAGCACAAGGCCUCCAUGGCAACUCCAUGGCGUGUGCGCGUCACCGACAAGUAUGCGAACAUCAAAGACCGCAGAUCCUUCUCUCUGUUCUACGCCUUUGGGCCCGCACCUAGAGACCUUUCGUCACUAUCUCAGCUGCCUGCAGCGACGUCAUCGUUCAAGGCCGCGGACGCGAAGACAACGACGACCAAUGACCCAAAGCCCGUCAUUGACUCGUAUGUAACGACCGUGGACGGCUUGUCUAUACCCUACCGACUUGAAGGGAACCCGGAUCCCAAGGCCCCAGUGAUUGCUUUCUGCAACUCUCUCCUCACGUCACUGCAUAUGUGGGACAAAUUCGUCGAGAUCUUGAAGGCCAAGAGGCCGCAGUACCAGAUUCUACGAUAUGAUACAAGAGGGCGGCACGCAAUCCCCUCGCCUGUUCCAGUCACAUUGGAUGCGGUUUCCGACGACCUCAAGUCCAUACUAGAUGCUCUUCGCAUCCCAAAGCUCGACACCCUGAUCGGCGUCUCUAUGGGUGGAGCUACUACACUGAAGUAUGCCCUCAAGUACCCUGAGACACUGAGCAAGUUUAUUGCGUGUGAUUUCAACGUUGCCUCCAGUCCGGCGAACACGAAUGCAUGGAAGGAGCGCAUUGCCGUGGCAGAGUCAAAGCUCGAAGAUGGGUCCCCUGGCAUCAAGAAGCUGGCUGGGCAGACGGUCGAGAGAUGGUUCCAUCCCGACUCCAUGAAGAAUGACGAGGUAGUUCAAUGGAUGACAACUCAGGUGGCCACCAACGACAUCGAAGGUUUCCGAUACGGGUGCCAGGCUCUGUGGGAUUACGAUAUGAAGGCCGAAAUGAAGAACUGCCAAGUCCCAGGUCUUUUCGUAGUCGGCGAAGGGGAUGGAAAAGGAGCGCUUGUCAAAGCAAUGGAGGGUUUCAAAGCAAACCUGGGCCAGAGUGGCGCAGAACUUGCGAUUGUUCCAGCAGCCGGCCACUUGCCCAUGUGUGAAAACCCGGAUGGCUUCUGGACAGCUGUUGAAAAGUUCAUAUAG